UUCGCCAUCGGCACAUAUAGUCGGUAAAAAUGUUUCCUGGGAUAAGCGCACCGUAGACGAAAUUUUAAUAUGAAUAUUGUUUUGUAUUUUUUAUCAUUUGCCCCUGAUUUUGACUUUUAAUGUUAUUUAAUCUUCUAAAUGCGACCUGCACUCCCUGCACACAUGCAGAAGAAAAGGGUUAAAUCGAUUCACGGCACGUUCUUUUUAGUUUUUUAGUUUUACAAUUAUUUUUGUUUCAGACGAAAAAUGGUUUUUCAAUGUGAGAGUUCCACAGAGCAGGAUGAAAACCAGGUACUGAGAGUAGAUUCAGAAUCAGAUAUUGACGGCUCAGAUGUUGAAGAUGAUUUUGGAAGUGAUUUAGAAGAGGAAGAAGAAGAUGUUGAAGGAGAAGAGGUUGAAGAAGAUGAUGAUGAAGUAGAAGAGGGAGAUGAAGAUGAUGAAGUAAAUGAAGAAGAACUAGAUGAUGAUGCAGUUGAAGAGGAACUUGAAAAUGAAACCAACGAAGUAUCUUCCGAAGAUUUGACCGACGAAGAUAAUGAUGAUGAGGAUGACACUCUGAUGGAAGGAAACUCAGGUUGGGCGGACGCAAUGAACAAAGUUCUUGCAAUGGGUAAGAAUACAGAUAAACCUGUAUCCGUCCUCUCUAAAGCAAAGAAGGAUAAUGUGAAGAAGAAGAAGAAGAAGGAAAGUGAAGAUGGUAAAGAGAAGGAGGGAGGAGAGAACUCCAGUGAUAGUAAUGACGAGGAGGAGGCAGAGGAACCACAUAUACCUGUAUCUGUAAGGAGAGCAAAGAAGAGAGAGAUUGACUCCGUGUGUCGGGUGAAACCCGAUAUAACGAAACGAGCUUUAGAGAAAACCUUGUCUAAAAUUGCGACAAGGGGAGUAGUACAGCUCUUUAAUGCAGUCAGAGAACAACAGAAGAAUGUUAAAUCAAGUUUAAAGGAGGCCGGAAAUACAUGGAAGAGAGAAAAAAUCCUCAAAAAUUUGGACAAAGAUGGUUUCUUGGCAGUCUUAGACGGUAAACGACCUUCUGAGGGUCCCGUGAGUAAACGGCCGAAGACCGAGGUGAAGGAAUUGAAAGAAGAAGAGGAUGAUACAGCAAACUGGAGCGCACUUAAACCUGAUUAUAUGCUGGGAGCAAAGAUGAAGGACUGGGAUAAGGAGUCGGAUGAGGAAAUAUAAAUUUAAUUUUUUUCAGA